AAAAAUAGAACAUAAGUUAGCAAAUGUUGAUGAAUAACGUACAUAGUAAAAUGUAUAAAAUAAUGUUUCUGUUAUUAUGGUGUUUUUCUUUUUCUUUUCUUUUUUAAUCACAUAAAAUCUGGGUCUAUUUCUGACUGAUGACGCAUCUUCAUCACACGAAGAUGUACCAAUCUCAUAAACAUCUUAUCAAUUAAUACGUCUUUGUUUGUAAACAUUGACUAAAUAGGCGAAAUGCUACGGUUGCGAGAAGGAAAAAUUGAGAAUUUUCAAAGUUCAUAUAAGGGUUAUCGGACAAAAACUUUUUGCUUGGGGCAUAUUUUAGCUUGUUUUAUUUUGAGAAUGACGAAACUGGUGAUUCUAGGGCUAGUGCUUUUGGUAUUGCCCGAGGGAUAUGAACACAGGAACAUUCCGCUGUCACUAAAUGGCAAAUUAAAACGGCAACAGGAUGCCGAUGAGGUUCCACCUCUUCUAGAAGACGCAAUACAAAACUCAUGGUCUCGCUUUAAACGUGCUCUAAGAAAGACUACGGACAACGACGAUGUAGAUAUUUAUACAUCACAAGAGGCACCACAAGCACCGCCUCAUUCACAUGAACAUGAGGAUCCUCCAAAACCAGCACCGCCUCAUUCACAUGAACAUGAGGAUCCUCCAACACCAGCACCGCCUCAUUCACAUGAACAUGAGGAUCCUCCAGUACCAGCACCGCUUCAUUCACAUGAACAUGAGGAUCCUCCAGCACCUGUACCACCGCACUCACACGAGCAUGAUCGCCAUAUUUUGGAUCAUAUUCUUCAUGAGAUACAUAACGGUCACGUGACACAAGAUAAGAUGGACCAUUGGUGGCGAGAGAUACAGGAUGCGCUCAACAAGGGUACCCUGACAAUGGAUGAAGUCCAUCAAUUGAUGGAAGCUGUAGGACAUACAUAUUCCCAUCAUGACGAAACUUGUUGCUGGUUCGGAUAAUGUUGAUAAAUAUCUGAACAAUUUUUUUUUAUUCAGAUGUUUCAGAAUGUUUAACUCAUUAAUAUUUGUUUCUUAAGAUAGACUUACCUUUUAGAUAAUUGCUGUUGUUUUGGAUUCAUAUGUUCACUAGGGUGUUGUGGUAUUUUGACAUAUUUAUCCUAGAGAGAUUGCCUUACUGGUAGCUUCCUACAUUUUUUGUUAUGAUACUUAGUCUGUAAAUUUAGCAUUGAGAAAGAAUGUGUUUAUGUGUUAUCAAGGUACUACGUCAUAAGAAACAAACAAGCUUAAAAUGUCUAAAUGUUUCAAAGUCGCUUAUAUUGCACACAUGUAAUUGUUUCGUAAGAACGUGAUUUAACUCUUUCUAAUAUAGAUCUGUUAUUGAUGUUAUUUAAAAAAAUGUUUUAGAAGGAGAGUAAUAGUGUAUUGACAACCGAUAUCACGUGUUAUUAAAUCACCUUUUCAUAUAUUCAUUUCCAUGGCGAAGACGUAUAAUUAAGAAAUGGGUUUAAAGUAUUUUACCGUUAUGGCAUCUUGCGGAAUGCUUUGGUGCACAAACCAAUUCGUCGAUAUAUUCUGCGGAAAGCCUGCCAAAAAAACA